GGCCAGUUCCCAGUCCGGGGCCAAACAUUGACUAUUGUUAUUCGAUGCGGACGUCACGACUAGCGAACAUUGCAAGCACGAGUCACAACCACAACAGAAUGAGGUUUUUGAUUUUUGAUUAUCUUUUACAUAUUUAUUUUUCAAUUUCUGUCAGGAUGUUCCAAGAUUCUAUAUACAAUCCAAAGAAUGAAGUCACUAACAAAAGUAACUGUUGGCAUUGAAAAGGUCAGAAACAAUCGUCUUGUGGUUUUGUAUACCAUGUAAGUAGGG